AUGUCACCAGUGUACCAAAAGUUCCUGGAUGAGGUGGGGGAGGGGCCGCUUACUGAUGACCUGCUGCAAUGUCUGGCAGAGAAGCUUAUCUCACUGGAUGAGAGGGAUGCGUCUGUAGGCCUGUAUCCUGAGACCCUCAAGUCAAGCACAGAGGAGUCCAGCAAAAAAGAUCCUGUAAAGGGAAUAAAUAACUUUCCUCAGGUCAUUUCAACAGGUAAUGCCGUGCUCAGUGGCUCUGAUCUGGUUGUAGAUGACACCAUCACAUGGACAAAGGGGGAAGUGCUUGGCAGGGGAGCCUAUGGGACGGUGUACUGUGGCCUGACCAGCCAAGGCCAGCUGAUAGCUGUGAAGCAGGUGAGCCUGGAUACCUCUGACCCUGAGGCUGCAGAGAGGGAGUAUGCCCGCUUGCAGGGGGAGGUGGAGCUGCUUAAAAUGCUCAGACACACAAAUAUUGUAGGCUUCCUGGGGACCUCGCUCCGUCAGCAUGUGGUCUCCAUUUUCAUGGAGUACGUCCCUGGAGGAUCCAUUGCUAGCAUCUUGCACAGAUUUGGCCCUCUCCCUGAGCGUGUCCUGGCCCUGUACACCCAUCAGAUCCUGGAAGGGGUGGCCUACCUGCACCUGAACAGGGUGAUCCACCGGGACUUGAAAGGAAACAAUGUCAUGCUGAUGCCCACCGGCAUUGUCAAGCUCAUAGAUUUUGGCUGUGCACGGCGCCUCAGCUACCUCAACCACACUGCCAGCAACAGUGGAGACCUGCUCAAGUCUGUCCAUGGAACACCUUACUGGAUGGCACCAGAGGUUAUCAAUGAGUCUGGAUAUGGCAGGAAGUCAGACAUAUGGAGCGUGGGGUGCACAGUGUUUGAAAUGGCCACAGGGAAACCACCACUGGCACACAUGGAUAAGAUGGCAGCCUUGUUCUACAUUGGGGCUCAAAGGGGGUUGAUGCCAUCCCUGCCUGAUGAGUUCUCAUAUAAUGCCAAGGAUUUUGUUGACUUUUGUCUUACAAGUGACCAGAAGCUACGGCCAUCUGCAGACCAACUACUAAAGCAUCCAUUCAUUCCCAAAAACAACACUGUUUUUGGUUGGGGGAACGUGGGCGGUCUUAGGUUCAUGCCCACCCCCCUGGAUGCCACACUACAAAGCCCCACCCAGGAGUUUUUCGGGGCCGCUCAGAGUCCCUACUCCGAGGCAGGGCCAUCUUUUAGCCCCUGUAAAGGUUCCUGA